GAUCCGGCGCCGCCGGAAUAAGAGGCUACGGGAGCGCGGCGGAGCGGAGCGCAGGCAGCGCCGUGUCCCGGAGCCCCCCCCCCCCCCCCCGGGAACCGGCGGGCUGCAGCCCCCAUGGAUAAAUACAAAGCUCUCGAGCAGCUGCUCACAGAACUUGAAGAUUUUCUGAGGAUACUGGACAAGGAGAACUUGAGCAGCACUGCUGUUGUGAAGAAGAGCUUCCUCUCCGACCUUCUGCGGGUCUACACCAAGUCCAGUGGUGGUGAUGAGGAAUAUAUUUAUAUGAACAAAGUGACCAUCCAUAAACAGCAGGGUGACCAGGAGAAACAAGACAAAGCGCUGGAUCGGAGAAACUCCCUGACCAAUGGAGACUCGGGAUUGCAUUCAUCCCCUCCUCAGAAGAGCCUGCCGGACCUCCCCCCUCCAAAGAUUCCUGAAACAAAACAACCUCCGGUCCCCAAGAUCGAAUCCCCAGAGGGAUAUUAUGAAGAGGCUGAGCCAUAUGAUGUCUCUGUAAAUGGUCUUUUUGGUAGGCUUGCUGCGGCUGGACCCAGGCCAGGGUUGCAGGUUACUGAGGGCGUUAUUUAUGCCACAAUAACGAUGGAAGAUGGUGAAGCCGUUAGUAGCUCCUAUGAAUCUUACGACGAAGAAGAGAGCAGCAAAGGCAAGUCAGCAACCCAUCAGUGGCCAUCCACAGAGGCCACCAUUGAGCUGAUGAAGGAUGCCCGCAUCUGUGCGUUCCUGUGGAGAAAGAAGUGGCUGGGACAGUGGGCAAAACAGCUGUGUGUUAUCAAGGACACCAGGUUGCUGUGCUACAAGAGCUCCAAAGACCACAGCCCUCAGCUCGACGUGAAUUUGCUGGGCUGCACUGUCAUUCACAAGGAAAAGCAAGUGAGGAAGAAAGAGCACAAGCUGAAGAUCAUCCCCAUGAACGCCGACGUCAUCGUGCUGGGGCUGCAGAGUAAAGACCAGGCAGAGCAGUGGCUCAGGGUAAUCCAGGAGACCAGCGGUGUGCUGUGCGAAGGAGGCAGUGAAGGCAACCAGUACAUCCCAGAUUCGCAGCGUCUCAGUUACCCAAAGGUGGAGGUAUCCGAGAGGUACUCCGCAGCCUCCGAGAGCGGGAGCAGCACAGACGGCCACCCGGAGACAGCCGAGACGAAAGAUGUUAAGAAGAAGGGCACAACUGGCCUGAAACUGAGCAACCUGAUGAACCUCGGGAGGAAAAAAUCUAGCUCCCUGGAUAGCCCAGAGAGAUCCCUGGAGACUUCAAGUUACCUGAAUGUGCUAGUGAACAGCCAGUGGAAGUCCCGUUGGUGUCAGAUAAAAGACGGUCACCUCCAUUUCUACCAGGACAAGAACCGAAGCAAACUGGCUCAGCAGCCCCUGAGUUUGGCAGGUUGUGAAAUUAUCCCAGAACCAAGCCCUGAUCAUCUCUACUCCUUCCGCAUCCUGCACAACGGGGAAGAACGGGUCAUUCUGGAGGCAAAGUCCUCGGAGGAAAUGGGCCACUGGCUGGGCCUCCUCUUGUCGGAGUCAGGUUCAAAAACAGACCCGGAGGAAUUUACCUACGAUUACGUGGAUGCUGACAGGGUUUCCUGCAUUGUGAGCGCGGCGAAGAACUCCUUCUUCUUAAUGCAGAGGAAGUACUCUGAGCCCAACGCCUACAUCGACAACCUGCCGAAGGGCAAGGUGCAGCAGGAGGAGCUGUACGAUGAUGUGGAUCUGCCAGACCUGCCUGCGGAAGAAGUACCCAAGAGUGAGAACAAACUGGAGGGGGACCAAGACAGAGUGUACCUGGAUCUCACCCCAGUGAAGUCCUUCCUACACUGUGCUGGCAAGAAGUCAUGCCAGCCUUCACCCCUCAGCUCACCGCCUUUAGAAAGGGCUGCCAACAAGGCUGCGGUGGAGAGCGCGGCCGAGACAGCCCUCAUGGCUAAGGAAGCCGAGCCCUGUAGUAAGGCGAUGGAGACCUUGGAGCAGAAACACCCAGAGAAGCCAGAACCCGACGAGGCGCUGCCACGGAUGCCCGCCGUCAAAAUCCAGACGCAGCAGCAGAACAUCGCCUUCCCGCAGCCGGCCCCCGAGCUGCCGGCGGGCCCGGUGACGGCGGGCAGUCCCCAGCUGGUGCCCGCGCACCGGCCCAAGAUGCCACUGCCGGCGGCAGCAGUGGAAACCAAGCUGGGCAAGAACCGGACGGAGGCAGAGGUGAAGCGGUUUACAGAGGAGAAGGAGCGGCUGGAGAAGGAGAAGGAUGAAAUCCGGGCUCAACUCACCCAGCUGCGCAAGGAGAGGCGGGAGCUGAAGGAAAUGCUGGGGAGCAGCACAGACAAGAGCCUGGAGCAGAGGCUGAAGGAGGUGGAAGAAGAAUGCAAAAGGAAGGAGAGCCGGAGAGUGGACCUGGAGCUGAGCCUAGUGGAGGUGAAGGAGAACCUGAAGAAAGCAGAGUCUGGCCCCGUGACGCUGGGCACCGCGGUGGACACCACGCACCUGGAGAACGCAGCUCCCCGGAUUCAGGUAAAAAGUGCCAGUCCAGCAAAUAGCGCAGAGAACUCACCAGUCAACUCAGCAACGGCUUUAAAAAACCGGCCUUUAUCUGUCAUGGUGACGGGGAAGGGAACAGUCCUACAGAAAGCUAAGGAAUGGGAGAAGAAGGGAGCUAGUUAGAACCAUGUUUUUCAGAGAUGGACUAAAGACUGGAAUUGCCCAUGCAUGGCCAAGGGGAUCCAAUCACCUGUAGGUGGAGGUUGGGUGUGCAACACAACCACACACCAAGUGCCUCCUCCAUGUCACGCCAACUGCUCAGAUGCAGCAAUGGAGUCAACGGCUGCCGAUACGAGUUAUCCCAAAUGAUCUUGCUCUUUCCAGACAAGUCCCAAUCACAUAGCUAAAACAAUAACAACCAGUGGCAAUCCUUGCAUCAAAUUCCUAACCCAGUUGAUGUAAACAAGAAUGUUACUGUACAUAGGGGUGUUUUGUGUAUUUCUACUCUGAAGGUUUAUCAAUGAGUUAUUAAGGUUUCUAUAUUAGUGACAGUAGUGGGUUCAGAAGGGGCCUCCGUUAUUCUUUAUACCCCAGUGGUUUUCAACCUGUAGUGGCAAAUUGCAGUCAACUGAAGUCUCACCUGUCUUGCUGCCAGUCAUCGCUCAGCUGCAUUUCAUCCAGCCUUCAGUCAAGGGCAAUAACCAUGCCUGAGCAGUGCUUGAGACACAAAUGAAAAGCACACAGCAGCCUGUCCAGGGGAUUUUUUUAAUUCAGUGUCCUGAUGCAUCCCAGCAUGUGCUUACUCCUACCAGGCUGCUGCAGAUUUGCCAGAAUAUUGAGGAAGAUCCCUGCUCACCUUCUCGUGCUAUAAGCUGUGUUACAGACUGAUGUCACCAAGAGCUCUGGGCAGAUUCAGUUAAUUUUCUUGAAGAUCUACUUCACCUGAGGACUUUGUUCUGAAAAAAAAAAAAAAAAAGAAAAAAAAAAAAAAUCAUCAUAUUUGAAGGUUUGUUAAUAAUUUACUGAAGGCCCAGGCCUGCUCAGCUGUUGGAUGGGGAAGCUGGAUCCCAGUGUAUCCUUCAGGGCUUGCCCUUUCCCAGGGGAGGGGAGGUAAAGCUGUCCCUGUGCUCCUGCCCCAGCUGUGAGCACCACUUUGCCGAUGCUCUCUGGUCCUCACAGGGCUGCAGCUGUACAAUCUGCUGAAGACAUCCCCCUGCAAAAGGGGCCCCUCCACAGGGGCAGGGCUGAUCUGCUCUCCUCCAGGCCUGGCAGGCAAGGGUGCACUGCCACAUCUCUGGUGGGCUGCUGGCCAUCUUGGUGCCAUCACCCUUAUUUUCAAAUUAUUAAACUUAAUAUAGCCUUUGGGCCCUGGCAGUGUGGCCCACAGAGCCCACCUGCCUCUCCCCUAGCCAAGCUGUCCAAUGAAAGAUGUUGGACUUUUGGGACCGCUAAACUUAAAAGACAUUGAAAUUUGAAGGGGGGUAGGGGGAGUUUCAGAAAUCCAUGCACCCUCUCCUCCCUGUAGCCUGCUGUCACGUCUGAUGGCCUGGAGGCUCCUCAGCCUGUCUCCUCUGAUGGUCCUUCAGCCCUGGAGCCCAGGCUCAGUUGCUGGGUUGGCUGUGCCAGGGCUGCAGCUGUUUUCCAGCUGUGCAAAGCUAAAGCAGCACUGGUACCCUGGCUGGGUUGUUCCUGGGCUCCUGCGGCUACACCAAUGAGCAGCACCCAGAGCCAGGGUAAAGACAGACAGGCAAAAUGUUGUACCUUCCUAACCCUUGAAAUCCUUUGACGGGCCCGAGACCACCUCUGAAGGGGUGUUCCUUCUUCACACAAAGGCCCAACAGCCAGGGAGGAGUGCAGGGCUGUGACACCCAGAGCUGGCAGUGGCACUGGGGUGAGUGAGGAUGUGCCGACAAGGGGCUCUGGGGUUGCUUACCACUGCCGCGGAGCCAGGGUGCAACAAAGAGCUUGGUCACGGUAUCCUGGAGGCAAGAAAGGUGACCUCGCUCCCAUUUUUUUUAAUUUGAAAGUCUCUGCUGCAACGCAGAUUGAAGAAUUGCUAAUCCCAGGCCUCAGGAGGAGUACAUCAGCCCCAGCUGUCAGGCUUGUCCCUGUGCAAGGUUUGCACAUAGGAAAAACUCAUGCAAAUAAACCACUGAAACUUCUGGUUCAGGACCCAGGGGCCUUUCCUCUCCAAAGCACAGGGAGGCUAUGGGCACCAUGAAGCUUUUGUUUUCACCCAUGAUGAGCUGGCAGGAGAGCCUCUCUACACCCUAAAUAUGUGUGUCAAACAUGCCCUUACCGUACACACUCUGCUGUCAUCCUCCAGGAGUUGUCUAGACAUUUCACAGUGGUACUGAGACAGCGAUGGAUGAGAGCAGCUCUGCUUUCCCCACCACAGCCCAGUCAGCUUCAGUGGUCCCACUGGGCUAUCUCCAUCAGGGGAUGGUAAACAUAGGCAAGUCCUGAGCAACACACAUUCCCCAGACAAGAAAUGUUAAACAAUGUCUCUGCAUCCCCAUUGUUUUCCUAACUCAAGGCAUUUCCUUUGUUGUAACUGUGACCUAUAAAGUGGCGCUUUAGAGGGUUUUAUAAUAAAAUGUUGAGUAUA